AAAAUCUAAAAUUAAAAAUAAAAAUAAUAAAUUUUCAAAAAGAUAAAACAAAUGAGCGCUUAACAAGGUAUAAUCAAUACUCCUUUGAUUGUUGCAAUAUUAUUAUCUAUUAUUUUCUUAUUUUUGACAAUUAAUACAAAAUAAACUGUACAAAAUCACUGGCUUUAGAAGAAUAAUGAAGCUCCAGUUAAUGCCACAGCUCAAUAUUUUGUGUAAUAUUUGAACCUAGUCUAGCUUCCUAAUAAAAUGUACCUCGCUGAUUUAUACACCUCUUAAGAUAUUGUCAAAACAUCAGACGACAAAGAGAGAAAGGCUACCUCAGCAGUUUACUGCUUAUAUGAAAGUGGUGUAUUUGUUGGUUUUCAUACUAUGUAAGCUGAUGAAAUUUUAGUUCUCAAUUAUGGAUGCUCUCUUGAAAUCAUUAUUAUUAACGAAGAUGGAUCUCUCACCAAAGAAGUAUUAGGAUAUGAUUUAGAAAAAGGAGAAAAACCUUAAUUGACUGUUGCCAGAAACACACUCUUCACUGUUGUUAAUUCUCAUUAAAAUCCUAACGCUUUUUCAUUGGUCACUGCUUUCAAUAUUCCAGCAUAUGACGAAUCUUAUGUUAAUUUCCCCAAGAAAUAAGAAUUAAUUGAGAAAUAUCCUUAACACAAAGAACUUAUUGAAAAAUAUGCUGAAUAAUGA